CCCCAUCAGUGAUACUUGGCAAUUGCCGGCAUGUUAUCCCAUGUGUCCAUCCCCGGCAUGUUAUCCCAUGUGUCCAUCCCCGGCAUGUUAUCCUAUGUGUCCAUCCCCGGCAUGUUAUCCCAUGUGUCCAUCCCCGGCAUGUUAUCCUAUGUGUCCAUCCCCGGCAUGUUAUCCCAUGUGUCCAUCCCCGGCAUGUUAUCCCAUGUGUGUCCAUCCCCGGCAUGUUGUGUCCCUAUGUGUCCAUCCCCGGCAUGUUAUCCCAUGUGUCCAUCCCCGGCA